AUGAGUCUCAGGCUCCGACCAUUUGACCCCAGCAUGUCUCCCGAUCUAUCCAUCUCCCAAUCAACCUUGGACUCUGAAUCGUCCCUCUCAUCAGUAGAGGUGAGUCAAGCCCACGCAAGCCGGAAUCCGCAGACUGACGACCUUCCUUCGCAGAGAUACUCUGCAGCAUUGGACGCCCUGAAUGCCAGCAACCACAACCUCGAAUACAAGCUCGCCAAGAUCCAAGCCCGAAAUCUGCGCCUCAAGCUCGACCUGAUGAGACUCCAACGACACAUUACGUCGUUUCAUCACGAUCUCCUGGCCACCUGGGAAGCCGACAUCCUGACAUGUCUUAUCGAGGUGGUUUACCAACGGCAAGGUCGGAAACUGCCCCGCGAACAGGACAUCGACCUUCGAAGGCUCGACCGGAAGGCUCUUUCGGCGAUGUAUACCAUAGCCGCGGGGAGGAUCGGCAGGAGGGCGCUUAGGGGUUUGUUUGGUCUAUCGCAGCAUUAUUGGUUAGCAUUGCAGAAGUACGAUGAGGUGAGAGGACUUGUUUUUCUUUGA